UAAUAUAUUGUGUGUGUAAUACCACUAGGUGUUCAUAUAGUACUCUCUCUUCUUCCCACUUAAGCUCGAGAAAGUGCCAAAACAGUAUACACACGAGUGAAAUGCAGGAACAUAAUAAGGUAGCGAUCAUCGUCGGGGCCGGUCCUUCCGGCCUGGCCAUGGCCGGAUGUCUGAGCUGGCUCGCGAUCCCAUACAUAAUCCUAGAAAGGGAGGACUGUUUUGCCUCUCUAUGGAAGAAAUACUCCUACGACCGUCUCCACCUCCACCUUCAAAAACAAUUUUGUGAGCUUCCUCACAUGUCGUUUCCAACCUCUUGUCCCACUUACGUGCCCAAACGCCAGUUUAUCCAGUACUUAGACGACUAUGUGUCCCACUUCAGUAUUAGUCCAAUGUACAAGAGAAAUGUGGAGUCUGCAGAAUAUGAUCAAGUCUCCAAGAAAUGGACUGUGAAGGCGAAAAAUAUUGGUGGUUCCGGCGAGAUGGAGGAGUAUUUUGGAGGGUUUUUGGUGGUGGCUACUGGGGAAGCAAGUAACCCGUAUAUUCCGGAGAUUGAAGGUUUGAGUAGUUUUAAUGGUGAUAUUCUUCACUCAACAAAAUAUAAAUCCGGGAAGGAGUUCGAAAAUAAGGAGGUUUUGGUUGUUGGGUCUGGGAAUUCCGGCAUGGAGAUUUCACUAGACUUGGCGAACCAUGGUGCUAAAACUUCAAUCAUCAUUCGAAGCCCGGUCCAUGUACUCUCAAGGGGGAUGGCUGGCUUGGCCUUGACUUUGUUGCAAUAUUUUCCAUUAAGCAUGGUUGAUUCUUUGCUGGUUCUGCUUAGCAAGCUGGUCUACGGAAACCUAGCUAGCUAUGGGAUAAAGAGGCCACAAGAGGGUCCUUUUUAUAUGAAGAUGAAGUACGGCAAGUAUCCGGCCAUUGACGUUGGUACCUGUGGAAAGAUCAGAUCCGGCGAGAUUCAAGUUUUGCCGGCCGAAAUAGGCAGCAUAAGAGGCGGUCAGGUGGAACUGAAAAAUGGAAAGGCAUACCAAUUUGACACAAUUAUUUUCUGUACUGGAUUUAAGAGAUCGACGAAUUUGUGGCUUAAGGGGGAUGAUUAUCUUUUAAAUGCGGAUGGGAUUCCAAAACCAAGUUACCCUAAUCAUUGGAAGGGAAAGAAUGGAUUAUAUUGCGUGGGACUAUCGAGAAGAGGAUUAUAUGGAUCUAAGGAGGAUGCUCUAAACAUAGCCAACGAUAUCAAGUCAUUUCUAUAACUUCCUAAAAGAAGAAGUCAAGGGCCAAAUGCACGAGAAGUUACCUACACUUUUGGUACACUAGCUACCUAACAUUCUAAGUCAAUAAGGCGAUGUCAUGUUGGAAUGUGUUGUAUUGGUCUGAAAUAAGACAUUGGUGCAAGUUGGGUGUAGGUCUCCAAGUCCCACUUUUCCACUUGUCCUCUUUGUUUUGAGUUGUGAGUAUUGAAUAAUUGUGAUUUCAUUUCUUUAUGAAUAAGAUUAUAUUGUUGGU